AUGAAUGGACAUGGGACUGAAGUUCGGACUGGGCGCAAAUCCCCUCCGGCUGCUCCCUUUGGAUGGCCUUCUCUUCUUGAUGAUAACGAAUCCAACAUGCUCAACAACUUCUUUACUACCAUGAACGCAAACCACUUUACGAAUGAUUUCUGGAUGCGACAAGAACAUAAACCCGGGACUUCCAACUUUGACUGGUCAGGUGAGCUGCCACCCAACUUUGAGGGAUCAACCACGUCCCUAUCACAGCCUUCAUUUCAGCAGCAUGGGCUAGGCAAAGCACCCGGGGGAAUGAUGACAGACAACCCUACAAGCUCGGAUAUCUUUGCCGCAACCUCCAUGCUCUACCACAACGGUCUAAACGGAUCAGAGUUGGGAUCUGCGUUGGCACAACAGACUUUCGCGGGACACACUCUCUCUGCCCUUGGGACACAACGAAAAACCAAUUCACAUACCGGCAGUACUGCACAUGGUUCAACUUCAUCUCCACCCCGGGCUGAUGUACCGGUUGGAUAUCAUACCUCGGAGAUGUUUUUCGACGUCCGUGACCCCAUUCCCGCAGACCAACAUCCAUCAAGGAAGGCUAUCUUCGCCCCCCCUGACCAGCCCGACGAGGAACAGCGGACAAGUGACCUGCUCGAUCAUCUCGGGUGUUUCGAGCCACAAAGCAGUGCAGCAAACACACGAGCACCUAGUCCAGAACGCAUGGUUGGGGCUCCUCCUCAAGGUCCCACCUUCCGAAGUGGUGCUGUCCUGGACGAGAGCUUACACCCUCGGAAACGCUCAAGAGUCGUGAAAGAGGAGGCUGACGAAUACUCCGAUGACGAUGAUGCACGACCUCACUCAAGGAAAUCUAGAGGAUCUAUCAGCAAAGGCCGACGGGUAUCAACAGACAGUUCUCGAAAAGCCCGACUACAGCCAGGGUCCAAAGCUGCACGAGAGAAUCUUACAGAGGAACAAAAGCGGACCAACCAUAUUCUUUCAGAGCAGAAACGCCGAAAUCUCAUUCGUCAAGGCUUCGAAGAUUUGUGCACACUCGUCCCUGCGCUCAGAGGUGGCGGGUUCAGCAAAAGCGCAAUGCUCACUGGAGCUGCUGACUGGCUUGAGGACCUUCUCCAUGGGAAUGACAUACUCCAAAGCCAACUGCAUGACUUGAAGGGCAUCAAUGGCUUGGUUAUGCCGCGUUGA